AGAAUGUUGGCCCCUCCUACACCUCAAACCCACCUCCGGCGUGCCCAUAUUACCCAGGCGAAUAAUAGACCUGCGUCCCACUCGAGCUUUUUUUUUUAUAUCAUUCUAAAAACACACCAAGCCUACUGGUAAUGUUUUUGUCAAUCUGGCAACCUCUGUAACCAGCUCAUAGCUCUUGUCUCUGCAGUCAGUGGACAUUUCAGCGGAGCGCACCGGAGAGCGCGCACUGAGACGCACGGUUACGCGCAACUUUCACCAGCAACACAAGUGACUGUUUUUACUCGGAUAACUUAAGACAUGUUGGACCACAAGAGCAGGAAAGACUUACUUUGGAUUGUACUCACUUUAUCGUGUUUUUUCCGACAAUUACCUGGUGAUUGUGUUAACAAUCCUUUACAACUUGACCCACCAAGUAUUGUGGUGCGAUUUGGGGACCCCGCAUCAGUCAACUGUAACACGAAUGUCACACAUCAUGGCAUGGGCUGGGAGUCAUCUCUGGACGGAGUGGAUAUGAUGGACGAUUUACAAUCAAUUACCUGGAAUGUCGAAAACAUUUCCCACUGGGACUUAAAGCCAAUAUGCUACAUCACUGUGGAUGUUCAAUGUCAGAAAGAAUUAAUUAUUACUAUAUACAAGCCUCCAGACCAGGUGUCCAUCAGCUUUGGGGAACACACAGGGCCAAUGAUUGAAGGCAAUCAGUACGAGCUCCAGUGUGAAGUUCAAAAUGUUGCUCCUGUUCGCCUUCUCAAUGUAAACUGGUACAAAGGACAACAGCUAGUGAAAACGGACAGCUUUACUAAUGAGACCAAAACUCCAGUUAAUGAAAUAAGGACACUUCAGGUCUCCCCACAAAGAGGUGAUGAUGGAGUUCAGUAUAGAUGUGAGGCAGUGCUGGAACUGGGACCAGAAGGACCUCAACCACCACCCAUAAAUAAAUCAGAUCCUCUCACCAUUACAGUACAUUUUGGACCUGAGUUUUCAAACUGUAAAGAUGAUGAGCAACUGAUGGAGGGGGAAAGUCUGGUGGGCUACUGUACUGCAACAGGAAAUCCAUUGCCUGUUUAUUACUGGGAGAAAGAUAAGAACAUUGUUGACCGCAACACUCCACUUAAUAGGACCUCAAAUGGAAAAUACAACAUCAUUAUCAAUGGCACAAUUGUUAGGUCCGUGAACGUCGUUGUGAAGUAUGGACCAGAAAUUUCAUGUGAACCAAUUUAUACAGUCGAAGAGGACCAUGAUUUCAGGCCCAAUUGCACAGUUGUAGGAUUUCCAAAACCUGAACUGACAUGGUAUAAGGAUAAUAUGGAUAUAUUACAAAUACCUCAUAAAAUGAGCAAGGAAGAUUCAGGGCAAUACUUUCUACAAGCAAGCAAUGGCAACGCUACUGUUAAUCAUACACUAGAAGUAGAAGUUUUGUAUCCACCAACUGACAUUGUAGAGCUGGAGAGUGCACAGGUAUCUCGUGGCGAAGACGUGUAUCUCAAAUGCUCUUCUAAAGGCAAUCCUCCGAUCAGCUACAUCUGGACCUAUCAUCAGACAUCUAAUGUGCAAGUCGUACACCAAGAUGGCGUGUCCCUGCUACAUAUAAAACAUGUUCGUGUAGAAAACAUUGGAACAUACAAGUGCACUGCCUACAACUAUCUUAGAGAAAAAAGCCAUACGGUCAGAGUUGAUAUUCAAGGUGCAAAAGCCAAAUGUCCAAUUUGGAUCUCUCCGCAAGAGAGCGUGUUUCCCUACACAUCUGCUAACGUGACGUUUACAUGUCAUUCAUCUGUGCCUAAUGCAAGUUUGAGUUGGGAAUAUUUAAACCAAACGUAUCACGGGAGCACCUUGGACAUUAACCCUACCUCGGUUGUUAAUCUCCCGGCUUGGAAUGUAAAGGCAUCAUGUUACGGACAUUUCGUGAGAUUUGACAAUUGUACUAAAAAUAUCAGUGUUCGCAUGUACAAGCUUCCAGACAAGAUGUCCAUCAGCCCUGUGAAUCACACAGGGCCGAUGAUCGAAGGCCAUAACUUUACACUCCGUUGUGACAUUCUAAAUGUUGCACCCAUUCAGUCGCUCAUUGUGAACUGGUACGAAGGAAAAGUCCUAGUGGAAAGUAAACGAUUUCCCACAACACGGAAUCCGGAUAAUAAAACCUUGACCCUCAAUAUUUCUCCAAGGAGAAACAGUGCUUCGUAUACAUGUGAAGCGAAGUUGGAUUUUGGAUCAAAUUUGACCAAAUUUGACAAGGUUUAUUACAACGCAGAGGUUUAUGCCAUACCGGUUAUAACGACAAAAUUUCCAGCUCGGGUCCCGCUGUUUCGAGGCUAUCCGGAGAAGCUCGUUUGUGAGGCCAGUGGUUUUCCAGAGCCCACUAUCACAUGGAGCUUCAACAAUAAAACCAAUUAUGGAAACCAAACAGUUAUAGACAGUCCCGGGGAAUAUACCUGCACUGCAAGCAAUUCUGUUGGGACAGUCAAGAAAAAGGUCAUUGUAGAUAUGAAAGAAGUCAGUUGUGACCUUGUGCUCAUGCCUGCCGAACUGCUGGUGGAGUAUGGUGAUUCAGCCUCGGCCAAUUGUUUGACUGCGACUCCAAGUGUUCACACCGGCAUGGGCUGGGAGGCGUCACAGGGAGCAGUGGACAUGAUCGAAGAUGUCCAGCUCGUCACCUGGAAGUUGGACAGCCUCGUGCACUGGGACAUACAGCCUAUCUGCUUCCUCAAAACGUCGGCAUGGCAGUGUCAAACAAAACUCCCUGUAACUGUUUACAAGCUUCCAGACCGAGUGUCCGUCAGCACCGCGGGUCACAGAGGGCCAAUGAUUGAAGGCAAACCGUAUGAACUCCAGUGUGACGUUUACAAUAUCGCUCCUGUUCACCUCCUCACUGUGAACUGGUACAAAGGACAACAUCUGGUAGCCAAAACUUGGUUUUCUGACUCCACCAAAACGCCAGUGAACCAGUCCACUAGGUUCCAAUUAUCCCUCAGCAGAGCCGAUGAUGGCAUUCGUUACAGGUGUGAGGCAGAGCUGAAACUGGGUUGGGUGAAAACGUCUUCUAAAAUGGCAUCACAGGUUCUCGGCCUUACUGUACAUUACAGUCCACAGGUCACCAGUGUAGUAGAGAUCUUCAACGAGACAAGUGAAGAUGGCAUGUUGAAUUGCACAGUGGAGGCAAAUCCUCCUCCGAGUUAUACAUGGUCAUCAUCUCUGCAGAAGGAGUUUAAUGUCGGCCAUCCAGUGCUUCCCUUAUCGUCUGUGGGUUCGGGGAACUACACUUGUACGGCAUCAAAUGAAAUUGGCAGCGUCAGCAAAAUGUUUGUUGUUCGAGUUAAACCUCGAGACGGAAAUCAUACCACAUUUUGGGCGAUCGUUGGACCCUUUGUCGGACUGGCCGUGGGGAUGAUCGUCGGAUACGUAUUGCUCAAAAAGAGGACUAGGAAGAUAUGAGUCUUCACGAGAAGAUGCACGUACACAAGAGGAUCAUCUGAAUCGAAUCGUUCUACAAGGUAGCAUUCGAUUGGUGGUUUCAACUCCGGAGGAUAAGUACCACUGUUAGCAAUGAAAAAAGCUCUUCUUUGGGAUAGAAGUUCCAUCAAGCGCCUAAAAAAGCUUCGUGGUUUGGUACUCUUGUGGGAAAGAGGAAGAGCUGAUCAUCAUUCGUUGAACCCACAAAGAACAUUUUUGAAUUUCUUGGUUACAGAGGGCAGACAGAUUCAUAUCUCCAUGUUUAUACUGUGAAGGCGCCUCAGGCGGCCUUUUAAAAAAAAAUUUAUUCUUACAUUUUAUUUAUCUUGUAUUGAAGUCAUUAUUUAUUAGAUGUGUAUUAUUGUUAUUAUUAUAUGAUGCACUUAAUCUGGUUUCCUCCUCUUUAACCAAAUUCGCCGUAUGCAAAUUUCAUCACUGAGUUUACUCAAGAACUUGAGUGAGUAAACUGAUCCCCAGACUUACCCUGGGAAUUCAGCGCUCUGUGACUAGGCGAUGUUUGUUCAGAUAAAGUGGUGAUUAAUCCAUUGUUUCUGUAUAAAUGCUUUUCUUGUAGAUAACCAUGCUCUGGAAAAAUAGACUUGUUUAUACCAAGUGAGUUAUUUCCAAUUCGGUCUGCACUGCUGAGCCUUUUGUUUUAUAGCACCUCAUUUAAUGAAGCUCCUUUUAACAUACUGUAAUUCUUACAUUACCAUACUGUAAUUAUUACUAUUUUUAUUUACAUAUUGAUGUAAAGAAGUGAAAUAACCUUCUGUUCAACUAUAAAUCGAACCCUCCGUCCACUUGACUCAAAACGAAUCUUGCCUAGAAAUUCAUGUGGUUUGCAAAAGAGGGUACUUCUUAAUCUGUAAUCAAGUACCUCUUCCACACUGGUCUCUUUAUAGUGUGCAUUUAUUUUCUGCUCGUAGAUUAUCUGAUGAUAAGCUCUGCACUGCUGUACUAGCAGAUAUAGCUUGUGUUAUUGGUACAGGAACGUGUGUACCGCCCCCUUUUGCUCACACCCGGGACUGCUGCGCCAAUUUUCCUGAGAAAUGAUAUCGAAGUUGAACCAAAGCCCAGCAAAAUACAGAUUUCAGAUGUGAAUACUCCUGAAAAGUACUUGAUUUUUUUUUUUUUAUCAUGUUGAAAGCAUGUUUCAUUUACUGUGCACUCGAUUAUUAGAAUAUAAUAGUUCACAACGGUACAUUAAAGCAUUAACACGGUCACGAUGCAAAUGAUUUUUUUUUUUUUUUAAAUCUUUUUUAGUGUUUUUAAUCUUUUAGAAUUAGCACAUUUUUACUCAGUGGCAUUUAAAGUAUUCUGAUCAAUAAAAUGCUGUAUUUUA